GAGUCGCCGGUCUCUCUGCAGAUUUCUAUCGGGGUUAUGCGCCAUAUUGGCAGUCUCCUCCAUCUCAGCAAACGUCGAGCAUGCAUGUCUCAAACCGGUUAUUGAGGAGACAUCUGUAAAUAUUUACAGUCGCCUGUGAGCCGAAAAACAACACUAUGGAGGCCGUGAAAGCCUUUAACAAUGAGUUGUACUCAUUGAACGAGUACAAGCCGCCCAUCUCCAAGGCCAAGAUGACCCAGAUCACCAAGUCAGGAAUCAAGGCUAUAAAAUUCUAUAAGCAUGUUGUCCAGAGUGUGGAGAAGUUCAUACAGAAGUGCAAACCAGAAUACAAAGUGCCGGGCCUAUACGUCAUCGACUCAAUUGUCCGACAGUCGCGACACCAGUUUGGGACAGAGAAGGAUGUCUUCGCUCCGCGCUUCAGCAAGAACAUCAUUGCAACGUUCCAGCAUCUCUACCGCUGCCCUUCAGAUGAUAAGAGUAAGAUAGUACGAGUCCUGAACCUGUGGCAAAAGAAUGCAGUCUUCAAGAGUGACAUCAUCCAGCCUCUGUUGGACAUGGCAGCAGGGAUUCCCCCUCCCAGUGUCACACCAGUCAUGCCCAGCAGUGCUGCCCCAGUCAAUAACACUACGCCUGGCACUCCAGCUACCCCGGCCACUCCAGCCAACAUAGUCCAGGGUCUUCCUGAUUGGGCUUCCCAGAUUACCAACACAGACACUGUGGCUGCUGUGGCACAGAUCCUACAGAGUCCGCAGGGACAGCAGCUGCAGCAGCUGGUACAGAGUCUACAGAUGCAGCAACAGAAGCCUCAGCCGUCCCUGCUGCAUGCCUUGGAUGCUGGCCUGGUGGUGCAGUUACAAGCUCUCACGGCUCAACUCACAGCUGCCGCUACUGCCAACAGCCUCAACCCCCUGGAGCAGAGGGUCUCCUCUUUUAAUAAGAAACUUCUGGGUCCUUUUGAUUUUGGGAAUGAUUCUGAACGUGGUGAAGAAUCUAAAAAAGACUCCUCAUCAUCUCAACUGCCCAUGGUGUCGGAGCCUAUCAACAGCUCCCUCUUCCAUCAGCUGGCUGAGCAGCUGCAGCAGCAGAACCUGGAGCAGUUUCAGAAGCAGCUUUUAGAGCACCAGCAGCACCAACAGAAGGCAAUGAGCAUAGAAGGGCAGGACACGAUCUUUGGCCAAGAGAACUCUGUGGCAACUGCUCAGAGCAGCAGCCAAGCACAGCUUCCAGAGUCAGAGAACAAGUUGGAUGACUCCAUAGACAACCAACAGCAGGACAUGGAUCUGGAUGAGGGUCCAGAUGGGAUGGAGGAGGAGAUCUUUGAAGCAGAGGAGAAGAAGAUUGUAAGCACGCGCUCCAGAACACGCUCAAGGUCACGCUCUAGGUCUCCCAAGAGGAGAAGGUCCAGGUCCCGCUCCGGCUCACGGAAACGUAAACACCGCAAGCGCUCGCGUUCACGCUCCAGAGACCGCAAGAGGAAGUCAUCGCGCUCUUACUCAAGUGAAAGACGCGCCCGAGAGCGAGAAAAGGAGCGGCAGAAGAAAGGACUGCCUCCCAUACGAUCUAAAACACUAAGUGUGUGCAGCACAACCCUGUGGGUUGGGCAGGUGGACAAAAAGGCCACUCAGCAAGACCUCACCAACUUAUUUGAAGAGUUUGGCCAGAUUGAGUCUAUUAACAUGAUCCCUCCCAGAGGCUGUGCCUACAUCUGUAUGGUCCACAGACAGGAUGCGUACCGCGCCCGCCAGAAGCUCAGCACCGGCUCCUUUAAGAUUGGCUCCAAAAUUAUCAAGAUCGCAUGGGCUCUGAACAAGGGGGUAAAGCAGGAGUACAAGCAGUUUUGGGAUGUGGACCUGGGCGUCACUUACAUACCGUGGGAGAAGGUGAAGCUGGAUGACCUGGAUGGUUUUGCUGAAGGAGGCAUCAUUGACCAGGAGACCGUUAAUGAUGAGUGGGAGGCAGCCAAAAACGCUGAGCCAGCCAAGGAAGUUACAAAUCAGCCGGUGAGUGCUGAGACUACAGCUGCAUCGAACACCCAGACUGAAACCUACAACCAGCAGGUCACCAUGAUGCCUGUACAGUCAUCGUUAUGUCUCACCCAGCUACCAGUGGCCCAGGCUGUUCCCAGUGCGGUAGGUUUGGUGCCUCCUGCCUUCACCAUGGGAAUACCACCACCAGGUUACGGGCCUCCACCACCCUUCAUAAGAGCUGGCUUCAAUACAUCGCAGCCUCCUCCUGGUUUUAUGCAGGCAGCACAGACUGCAGCCAUGGCUUCAGCAACUACUUCUCUAGUGCAGCCUUCAGUGGCAACCAGCCAAGACGCUGUCAAGGAUUCACCGUUCGGCGCUAUGAUUCCUCCAACCAGCACUAUUCCCGGGAGCUUCAUGGCCUCAGCCAUCCCUGGAGCCAGUAUGUUCAACCCAGUGGGAGUACAAGCUCAGCAAGCAACCAAUGAGAAAUCGGGACAGUCUGCAGAGGGUAUGGAUGCUGCUGCAGAGCUUACACUGCAAGGCAUGCAGAAUGCAGUCCGCAGCGGUAUGGGUCUCCUUGGCAUGCACCCCACAGCUUCCCUCACCCACCCACUGCAUCAGUCUGGUUUGGCUGCACAGAGGAUGCCUGGCCUGCUGCCUCUGGAUGUGCGACCUAACCUCCUCCAACCCGGGGCUGCCGCCCGCUUCCCGCUCCUCAUGCAGCAGGGCCCCGCCCAGCAGGCUGCCGGCCUCCUCGACAGUGCCCUCCAGGCUCAAGCUCGUGCCAGGGCUCCCUUCCCUCAGCUGGACCCCUUCAACAGGGCCCCCAACCUCAACAAUGAAAAUCUAUCGAAGACAGAAAAUGAGUCUUCCUCUGGGGCCGAUGAGGGCAAAGACCAGGACUACCGCUUCCCUCCGAUGGAAAAGCAGAGCACAGGCCUGCUGAGGACCCCUCCACCAGAGCAUAGGGAGUCCCUGGGAGGUGGUGGCGGAGCAGGAAAUGCUGGAGGAGGCAGGCCCCCCUUGCUCCAGACCCCAGGGACUCAGCCAGCCAGAACAAGCCUGGUGGGACGUCUGCAGGCUCUUGCAGGCUUCACUCCGGAUAACCGCUGGAACCAGGCCAGAGGGGACUUUGACGAACGAGAUAACAUGCGAGGAGGCCUACAGGCCCCAGUCGGGCCAAAAGGCUUCCAGGAGGAGCGUCCCACUCCUGGACAGAACUUCCCCAACCGCUUCGACAGCCGUCCUGGGGCGACAGGAGGAGCAGCCGGAGUUUCAGGAAAUGCUGGCGCUGUUGGGGGGCCACAGGCCUGGAACCGUAGUGGUGCUGCCACAGCGCCUUUCGACAGUGAGCUACAUCAAGACCUAGAUGAGCGAAGACGCCCGUGGGACAGGCAAAGAGACAGAGAUGAAAGAGAUUUUGACUUCCGGAAGGAGAUGAAUGGUAACCGCCACAGCCGAGAGAGAGAGCGAGACCGGGAGCGCGAGAGGGAGAGGGAGAGGGAGAGAGACCGCGAGCGAGGCCGAGACCGAGACCGCCCCAGAGAGCAUGAACGGGACAGAGAUCGCGACAAAGAGAGAGACCGUGAGAGGGAUCGUGAACGUGGUGGCUGGACGCCUCUUCUCCCUCUACCUACACCCCUGCUUCCAACUCCACCUCUAAAUACUAACCUGAGCCUGAACCAAGGCAAACUGCUUGCACCACUCAAAUUAAACCCUCAGCUUCAGCCACGAUUCCAGUCCUCCCUCCUGCCUCAGGCUCAGGGCAAGCCCUCUCUCCUGGGUUCUCCUGGGAAUCAGCCACUGCCUCAGGUUCCAGUCCCAUCACAGAGCCAGGCAUCUGAGCCCGAGCUUGAGCCCGAGUCAGAAACCCCAACUCCGUCUGAGACACCUCAGGCACAGUCACCACCCUCGGCCCAAUCACCUGACCUAUCAUCUGACAGCAAGGGUCAGAGCCCACUGACUGAGGCUCCCACUGAGGGCAAGUCAUCACCGCAACCUGAGACCCUCCCACAAACAGAAUCACCAUCCCAGCUCACGGCCCAGUCCCCCUCCAAAACCACUUCUUCUCCAGACAGUGAGACGCCAAGCCAAGCCUCACCGCUGGUUGAAGCCUCAUCCCAGGACUCACCUGUGGCCUUCACGCAAGCUGCCAGCCCCCCUGAGGAGACGACUCCCUAUCUGGAGGAGCAGGAAAGCCCACAGAAGGAUGAGGAGGAGUCACAAGAUCGAGCCUCCUCACCCGAACCCCAAUGGGUCAAUGGACCUGGGAGGGACAAUAGCACUGUGGAUGAACCCACACCGGAGUCCUCACCCGAGGCCUCACCUGAGCCAUCCCUAGAGGCCUCCCCUGAGCCCUCUCCUGAGCCCACUCCAGAACCCUCCUCCGACUCUAUGCUCCCCGAAAGCGAACCGGAGCAGCAGCAGGAGCAGCUUGCCUCUCCUAAGGACGUAGACAAUGAACAGAGUGAGCCCAUGGAGGAAGCUGCGAGUCAGCCAGUGGUAGACACUGUCACAGACACUGAGGGGACAUAAUCAUCACUCAGUAGGUAAAAGAUCAUUUUGUAAAGUUGUCUCUUCUUCUCUGUACUCAUGUCAGCAAACCACCACCACCACACGGGACAUGGCGAAUACUGACUCACAUCGGUUAUUGACUGAUAACCAAUAACAAAUGAUUUUAUCUCUCACAAAUACCAGUGUACUUAAAUAGAAGGCUCGUUAGCUGAUAUAUUGAUAGACGAUUUUGUUUGUGUUUUAUUUCCUUUUACCCUUUUUAAGUUGUAAUGCCAAUCUACCCAUUUUAAUUAAUCUAAGCUUGGCGAAUUUUAUUGAAUUGCCUACCAAAAUGUUUCAAUUGUAUAUGGGGGAAAAAGAGCUUUGACCUUCCUAUGGAAGAGUAAGAAAUCCUGGCUGUCCGACAACGGAUUGAAUACAGUUACACAUGAUACUUGAAAACGGCAGUCGCUGGCUCCAUUUCUGUCUUUUUCUUCUUUUUAAAAUGCUGCUGCAAAGUUUUCAAUGAAUGCUUUUGUGGUGUCCUUUUUACAAUGCUUUCUGUUUCGAAGCAGAACAAAUAGCCUGCAUACAGUGAGUACAGCCAGUCCAGCCGCUUGUAAUUGGGAAAAAAUGAACACUUUUAAACUGAAAACAUGAAAAUGUUGUAUCCCCAAAAUAAAUGUCUGUAAUUUGUUUCCAAUUACACAGUGAACACAAACAGAAAAUUACAUGCCAGGGGGAAGAAAAAAAGAAACGAACAGAGGGAUGUUCUGAUGUUGGGUACAUAUUGUUUUAGUUUGAAAUAAACAUGCUUUGUCUGUUUAAAACACAUGCUUUAGGACUGUUUUCUGACCCAGGACCAGUGGAAACUAAGACUGCUUUACAGACUCGUACACAUUGUGCGCUGUCACCUCAGUCGAUUUGAUGUUCUCGUAACUCAAGUUGCUGCUAUACCAUCCAUCCGCAGAGCACUUUGUUGGAUGCAACCGUGGGACUUGUAGUUUUUUAGUUUUUCGAUGACUUCAGCCUGUAUGUUUCCCCAUAAGCUUUUGCUGGGUGACUGUUGAGGAUGGGAUUGUGCCUUUUUUUUGAAUGGGAUUUGUCGUUCAUGAUGCUACCCAACACUACUGUGUGAUGUACACCCAGACUGUGCGUGCAACUCGGUUUCAGACAGCUCUAUGAACACAAUGCUACCUGCACAGAAUUGACUGGCCUACCGUUUUGAAUGGUAGCUGGGCAGUUUGUACAGCACUCACCUAGAGGAGAUCAAGUCUAUAUACCCCAUCAUUCUGUGCAUGCAGGCCUGUAGCCAUGUUUUAACCUUCCUGUCUCUCUUGUUCAUUUCAUACUUGUAGUGCUUUUCUGUUGAGACAUACUACUAGAAAUCCAUAGUCUGCUGUUCUCUCAGACCAAAUGUCUACUACAGGAGUUGUGAUGUUGAAUAAAAGUUGAAGGUGCAUCAGA